AUGAAGGCUGCCAUUAUCCUGUGUGCCGUGCUGGCACUCUCCGAGUGCAUGGUCAGGAUCCCUUUGAACAAGGGGAAGACCGCCAGGGAGAAGCUGGAGGAGCAGGGCCUGUGGGAGGAGUACAGCAAGAAGUACCCCUACAUGCCCUUUGCCAAGUUCGGCAGCUACGCUGUGGGCAACGAGCAGAUGACCAACGACGCUGACCUGGCCUACUACGGUGUGAUCUUCAGAGUGAUUUUCGACACUGGCUCUUCUAACCUUUGGGUGCCCUCUGUGUACUGCAGCAGCACUGCCUGCAACAACCACCAGAAAUUCAACCCCAGCCAGUCCUCUACCUACAGGAGUACUAGAAGAUCCCUGCAGAUCCAAUAUGGAACUGGCAGCAUGACUGGGAUCCUGGGAUUAGACACCGUUGCUGUUGGCGGUAUCCAGGUACCCAACCAGAUCUUUGGAUUGAGCAAGACUGAGGCUCCCUUCAUGGCUCACAUGCAGGCUGAUGGCAUCCUGGGCCUGGCCUACCAAAGCCUGGCUGCCUCCGGAGCUCAGCCCGUCUUCAACAACAUGGUCCAGCAGGGCCUGGUGCAGAACUACUUCUCCGUUUACCUGAGCAGCUCAGAGUCUGGGAGUGAGGUGAUCUUCGGUGGUUAUGAUCCCAGCCACUACACCGGCAGCGUUGCCUGGAUUCCCCUGUCCUCUGAGACCUACUGGCAGAUCACUGUUGACAGUGUGACCAUCAAUGGAGAAACUGUUGCUUGCAAUGGUGGAUGUCAGGCAAUUGUGGACACUGGCACUUCUCUGAUCGCUGGACCCACCAGUGACAUUUCAAACAUAAAUAACGCGGUCGGUGGUGUAAGUAUAACCGAGAGCUUGAGCACUGCCUCUGUUCAAUGUGGCAACAUCGGAAACAUGCCUGACAUUACUUUCAACAUUCACGGACAUGCCUUCACCCUGCCUGCAUCUGCCUACGUCCGUCAGUCCAACUAUUACGGCUGUAGCACUGGAUUUAGCGGAGGUGGAGACAGCCUCUGGAUCCUGGGCGAUGUCUUCAUUAGGGAGUACUACACCAUCUUCAACAUGGGCCAGAACUACGUUGGGCUGGCCAAGGCUGUGUGA